UCUGUGUCGUGUCAUUCAUUGGGAUGGUGCUUGGGUGUUACGGAAAGUGGUGUGAAUUUAAAAAUAAUUUUAUCGUAUUAAAUCAAAUUAUACGUUUUUUUUUUUUUAAUAAAAGUUAUUAAGUUUUAAAAGAAGUCUUGUGUGGAUAUUACCUGUCGUUGAUAAAAAGCCAGUUGCUGCUACUAAACAGAUAAAUGACGAUGCGGCAACAGUGAGGGGUCGCUGCAAGGAUGCCGCCGCGACAAUGAAACACUACUCGAGUGGGCCCGCGACAGUCAAUGACUACUUUAUGAUGUACCUGGCCAAAUGGAAGCGCGCCGCCGUCGUCUUGCUUUUCGUUUGGAUUGUCGUCACCUACCUGGUUAUAUCUCCACUCAGCUUAGAUGAUCGAUGCAAUGGAAACCAAGAUGAGGUAUCAGAAUUCCAGGAGAGGUUAAAAAAGGUGUCGUCACAACUGGAGACGUUGAGGCAGCAACAUAGUAAUCUCAUAUCGCAAAUAAAGAAGUCUUCUAGCCUCAAUGGUAACCUGAAGGACAUAGACACAGGGUCCCUGUUCCUAGACGGGGUUCAGGGACCCACGGAAGACUAUGAGAAUCUCAGAAGGAGAAUAUACUCCAAUACCAAGGAGCUAUGGUACUAUGUACACCAUGAGCUCACUAAGGUGAUACAAGAAGAUAACAAAGCGGAGAAGAUACAGACUAUAUUGGACCAAAUUGGUGAAAGGAAAAGGUCGCUGCUCUCGGACCAGCAAUCGCUACCGGAGCUGGAUGGGUACAAUGAGUGGAGGCAGGCGGAGGCAGCCAACGUCAGUGACCUCGUGCAACGACGACUGCACUAUCUGCAGAACCCGCCCGACUGCAAGGAUGCUAGGAAACUCAUAUGUAACUUGAAUAAGGGUUGCGGCUUCGGUUGCCAGCUACAUCACAUAGUAUACUGCCUCAUAUUCGCGUAUGCAACGGAGCGCACCCUGAUCCUCAACUCCAAAGGCUGGAGGUACAACAACAAGGGCUGGGAGUACGUCUUCAUGCCCAUAUCAGACACCUGCACCAGUGCAUACGAUGACAAAGUCGUUAUGUGGCCAGACCUGGAUAAUAAAUACUCGGUUGAAGUAACGUAUGACGCCAAGGUGUUAGCCCUGACGUUCAUAGACUCGAUAUCUCAGAAGCCCAAGUUCUUACCGCUCGCCAUUCCUAAGGAUUUGGCACAUCGGAUAACGAGAUUUAACGGUGAUCCAUCGUCAUGGUGGAUAGGCCAGAUGCUGAAGUACAUUCUGAAGCCGCGGCAGGCGAUGCAGAAAGCUAUCAAUGACACUAUAGCUAAGAUGAACUUCAAGAAACCUAUCGUUGGGGUCCACAUAAGGAGAACGGACAAGGUGGGCACGGAGGCGGCGUUCCACCACAUCCACGAGUACAUGGUGCACGUGAAGGACUACUACGACCAGCUCGAGCUCACCCGCCCCGUCGCCGUGCGCCGCGUCUACCUGGCCACUGACGACGCCAACGUGUUGGAGGACGCCCGCAGCAAGUACCCGUCGUACGAGUUCCUGGGCGACGCGUCCAUCGCCAAGACGGCGGCCACGCACCGCCGCUACACGCCGCUGUCGCUGACCGGCCUGCUCGUCGACCUGCAUCUGCUCGCCAUGUGCGACUACCUCGUCUGCACCUUCAGUAGCCAGGUCGGCAGAGUGGCGUACGAGAUGAUGCAGACGAACCGCGUGGACGCGUCCGACAGCUUCUUCUCGCUGGACGACAUCUACUACUUCGGCGGACAGAACGCGCACGACCGGGUCGCCGUCAUGCCCAACGACGGCGCCUACCAGGAUAUAUCCUUCCAGGUUGGCGAUUUAAUAGGCAUCGCGGGCAACCACUGGAACGGUUACGGUCGAGGCACCAACAAACGAACAAACAUGAACGGACUGAUACCCUGGUACAAGACUGCGGACCACCUGGUCCUCUACCCAUUCCCGGAGUACAAACAGGUGCCUCUCUACACAGACACGCGACAGAAAGACUUAUAAGGAAGGCCCUAGUGCGGAGCUGCGGACUACUCGGAGCUGCGGACUACCUAGCGGGUUUACCGGGGCUCCGGCUCGAAAAGCAGGAGAAGGAACGGGGUGGUUUUUAGUCAGUAAGAGUCUGACACUCCCUCUCGCCUCGCCCAAGGCGGGAGAAGUCAUUGGAUGAUUUUCCCCCCUCAAAAAAAAAGGAAGGCCCUAGUGAUCCCCUACAGACGCUAGGAAGCUCGUAGUGGUCCCCUACAGUAACAAGGAAGGUCCCAUUGCCCCCCACAGACUCUGGUAACGUGACCUAAGUGACUAUUAACAGUUUCGUUGUUUAAUUACAUCGUGUGUUGUGCAAGCAUGUGGGAGUUGCAAUCGAUAAGAGAUUGUAUACAGGCUGGAUGUAAAAACUAGGCCAAAAAUAAUAUUUUUUACAAAAUUAACUCUAAUUACAGUGUGAUUAAAGUUUAAUUCUCAUUGACGCAUCACGGGCGGUGGUUUUAUUAAAAAUGGAUUAAGAGAUCUCGCACAAUUAAUGAAUCAUUCUAUCUCAGUCUCGCCUGUAUACACGUCUCUUGCGCGUAGAAAUAAUAUUUAUGUCGUUAAAGUUUUCGUGAAAACGUCUUUUACGGGCUUGUUAAUUGUUAAUGGACUGUCUUUAAUUAAUUAAUUACUGUAUGUACUGUGAGCGUGAACCCUCUGCAUUUCUUUACUUAUGGUUUACAGCGAUGCGUAACUGAUUGACCAAGUGACUCGACUCUGAGCCCCUAGCGUGGCUUGAAAUGAGUUGAGUGACGUUGUCAAACAGUUACGUACGUAAGUAAGCUGUAAAUCAUAAUUAAUUUAAUAAGUCUGCAUUUCUGUUGAAUUUUUGAAAUAUGAUUGUUGAAUUAUAGAUUAAGGUUAAUAUAAAUCUAUAGAAUGGGUUUACUGUACACUUAGUAUGAGUUCGCUUUACCUUUAAAGUUAUCGGCGCUUUGAUUGGUCGGCUCGAAUAAACCAACCAAUGAGAGCGCCGAACGCGUUCUCGUUUCGAUUACUUGUAAAGUUAAAGGAAACUCGUACUAAGGGUACUGAUUGAAAACUUUGAUCUUUUAUGAAAUGAAUUAGGAGAUGUUGAAAGUGUAUCAUUAUGAUUUGUAUUGUCCGCAUUUAACAUGUUAUUCAAGUUAGUACAAAUGUACUAUUAAACGAUUAAAGAAUGUAAUGUACAAUUGAAAGAGAUGAUGUUUUUAAGGAAAAUUUAACCUAUUAAGUUUCCACUGUAAAGUCAAGCAGCUAAUUUAAUAUCUAAUUGUAAACAAUUACGUUUUCCUAAUUUUAAACCGUAUUAUCAACUUCAUAGAUCUAAAAAUUCAAACAAAUUUUCUGCAACGGUUUUACGACUUGACAACUAAGAAAAUAAAACUGUCUGAAUCAACAAUACUGUACCCUCAGUACGACAUUAAAUAUAAAGCAAACUCAUACUAUGGGUACCGUUAUCUUAAACAAGAGCGCGAUUGGCUGGGUCGAACCAAUCAGAGCGCCGAAUGCGCUCUCGUUUCGAUUUAGUAAAACGUAAAAUAAACUCGUACUAAACCUUAUAAUUCUGUUCUGACUAACUAACAAACAAGGCAUUCCUUAUUUGCAGUUUUGGCUAACACUUAUACAAUAUUAAGAAUUAAAAAGUAAACAGUUUUCAUUGUCAAUAUAAAACUUAAAAACUGAUUAACACAUUGAACGCUGUUGUGGUGAUCGGUGACCGACGUUAGCGGAGGAUUUGCCUUCAACAGUUUUCUGUUGGCAGCCAAAGACUUAAUUUUGAGUCGUAAUGCGCUAACGGCCAGACCACUGCGCAAAACAUUUGCGCAUAAUCACAACUCAUUUUAAACGACGAUGCAUUUAUCCGUUGUAUAAACUAUACACUGUUUAAUGAGUAAAUGGACUUAUGAAACUCACAAUUAUUAAUUUAGCAUUAUUUUUAUACAAAACCAGUUUUUCUUGAACUACUAUUAUUAUGUUAAAUCAUAGACUUAAUAUUUAAACAAAGUUUUUAAAAUUAUGUAUCCGUGUAUGUAUUUAUACAUUCCAGUUUAAUUUGUUUCAUGUAUAAUUUAAAAUAUUAUUUAUUCCUAAUUACUGUAUAUUGAAUUUAGACGAAAGUGGUUUGUAGCUCGUAAAAGAGUGUGUCAGUAAAUCGCCAUGUUUUUCUGUCUGAUUGAAGUGUAUGUGAUACCCAUAGUAUAAUUGGGAAAUGUAACGAAAUGUCACAAAAUUUUAUUAUUAGUCAAUUCGAAUUUUCAAGUGAAACUCAAUUAUUUUUAGUGAAUUACAGUGUAGAGUAGAAAUUAUCAAAAUUAUUAUUUUAGUAAAGCAGAUCUGAUAAUGAUAAGAAGAAAAUGUCCGACUUUCUAGUUUGGUUUGUAUAUUUAAUUCAAAAGUGUAAUUCCACUAUUCGCCAUUUGAAAAGAGUAUGUUUGAGAGAGAGGGAGAUCUGUAAUUAGAAAGCAUGUGAGGAUUCCGUAAACUCACAUUUGGAUUCGUAAUAGUCCCAACAACAAAAUAUAGAUGUCAAAAAUAAAAUCUAAUUAAAAGUGAAUUUAUUAGGAUACACUAGUGCUCAAUUUGUUUCGGCACGAAUGUUUGCUUUUGAUUAUGAGGCCCGACUGUGAUUGAAACUAGACGAGCACCCUCGAAUAGUUGUUGCUUGAGUAAGUUUACUGUGUUUAAUAUAUCUCUCAAUAGUUAUUACACAACAAUAAACCAUUAGAUUAAUACAAAAAAUAACAGUACCAACAGGUCCGGUGGUCUCAAAAAUGAUAAUUGUAGUCAAUAAUAAAAAUAGUUGGGACUAUUACAUCACAUAGUUUGAUUAAGAAUAUAGUACUGAUAUAAACGUUACAAAUACGGCCUAUACAUAUGUGUUAUACUGUCCAUCUGUGCAUGUCCUCUAUAUAUUUGAAUGUAAUGUGUAUCUUUGAACCAGCCAUGAUAAUGUUGGUCCAAUGUCAGGUUUGUUACAAACUGUUGGAUCAAAUAUUGGUCGUAAUGACUUUGUUUAUUCACGUUGCUAUUUAUUUAUCUUUCCACGUUUUGCCGCCUUAUUGUACAGGUUAUAAGAAUCCAGUAAAUACUGAAAUGAUAAAGUGAUAUAAUCUCUUAUGACCCAUCUGCUGUGUUGUUCUCUAUUUGGGUAUUUUCUUCAGCCAAAUACAUAAUUAUUGUAUCGACUUUUAUAGUAUACACGGUGUAAAUGGAACGCUCCCAAACGCCACAAAUAGGUGAUGGCAAAAACGAGCUUUAUGUUCAAACAAAACUAUUAAUUUAAUAUUUAUUUUAUGUAAUAAUAGUUGGAAUCAAUUGGUUAAGGCUGAUGUUGCAUGAAUAGAAAAUGGAACGUUUUUCGGGAGCGUUCUGUUUACACUUUUUAUAUUCACACAAUAUCACAUUUUCAUUAAUCGAUUUAAAGGUUAUUAUGUCAUAAUAUGAAAUUGCGAAAGAGUAUUCAAUGUGAUUAGUUGGAAAAUACCCUGUUUUGAUUUUUUGAGGUAGAUUAUUACAUAUUAUUAUGUUUGAAAGAUACGGAUCUGAUUAAAUAUAAAAAAUGGGCCAUGAAUACGCCAUAACUUAAAAAUCGAUAAAAAAUAAUGUAUGCAAUCAUUUUACUUGCAAAUGAUUCUUUUUGGUAGUUGUUUGUUAUGAAAAACAUUUGAUUAUGAAUUUUCUACUGUUAUUUUAUAAAUGUACCUAGACCUACAUUAUAAUUAUUUAUAAUCUGUAAACAAGUAUUUAUUGUCUAUCCGCCGCACUCAGAGACAUUUAAUGAUUACUUAAACUAUUCCUUAGUAACGAUUUUGUAUCGAAAACCAUUGCUAAGGAUUGGGUUAAGUAACCAUUAAAUGACUCUGAGUACGUAUUUAUGUGUGUCACAUAAGUAUUCAAGAUGUAUAAUCCAAGUGCUAAUACGUACAUGCCUUAUCUGUUAAUUAUAUGUCAUUAAAGGAAUUUAAUAUGUUAAAACAAAAUGUUUAAAAAAAUAUAUGAAAAAGUAAUACUCUCGAAUAGUGCAAUGUUUUAUGUAUUUCUUCUUCUUUUUGUUAUUUUUUCUAUAAGUAUCGUCGACAUUGUAUUGUAAUUCUCGUGAGACGUGUUAAAUUAAUCAUGUUUAACGGCGUUAUGUGUUGCGUCAAUGCUGAUCUUGAGUAUGAGCCCCCAUCAUGGCUUGAAAUUAGUCGAGCUACCUCGUAAAUUGCCGUAAAACAUAAUUAAUUUAGUAUCGUCGACAGGUUGUACCACAGAUAACAUAAUCUUCCAAGUUUAAAGAUUGUAGUCAAGCAUUUGUAUUUCCGUGUAAUUCCAUGAUUUUUGUUUCCAUAGUAAGUAAUGAUAGUUUCUACUAGAGCGGUGAUAUAUCUGUAUUUUUUAACUUUGUAUCUGUCUGAGCUUCAGUAAGAUUUAUGAUAAAGUAACAUGGACCUAAAAUGUGUGUAUAUAGCUUAAAAUUAUAGUGUAUAUAGAAAGGAAAAUAAUAUAAAUUAAUGGCAAUAUGUGGAGGUCA